AUGCCCAACCGCCUAGGAAUUGCUUCCAUGUCCCUAGGACGCCCCUGGGUCCACGACCUCCCCAGCAAACUCCACCAAGCUUCCAUCCACGGCUACCAAGGCAUCGAGCUCUUCUUCGACGACCUGGACUGCCUUGCGCAAACCCGCCAUAACGGCUCGCACAUCGAAGCAGCGCACCAGACAAAACGUCUAUGCGAUAACCUCAACCUGGAAAUUAUCUGCCUCCAACCAUUCAGUUUCUACGAGGGCCUACUAGACCGCGAACAACAUGAACAACUCGUCACCACAAAACUCCCCCAAUGGUUCCAACUCGCCCGAAUCCUAGGAACAGAUCUCAUUCAAGUCCCAUCCAACUUCCUCCCCGCAGACCCAACCACCGGCGCACCCAGAACAACAGGCGACAAGGACGUGAUCGUCGCCGACCUGCAACGCAUCGCAGACUUAGGCCUCCAACAAAAUCCACCCUUCCGCUACGUAUACGAGUCCCUAGCCUGGGCCAACCACAUCGACACGUGGGAGGAAUGCUGGGACGUUGUGCAGCGGGUCGACAGGCCGAACUUCGGAAUCUGUUUGGAUUCGUUUAACAUUGCGGGAAGGAUCUAUGCGGAUCCGGCUUCGGUGACUGGGAAGACGCCGAAUGCUGAUGCGGAUAUGCAGGCUUCUGUGUUGCGGUUGCGGAGUAAUAGUAAUAAUAUUGAUCUUGAGAAGGUGUUUUAUGUGCAGCUUGUUGAUGGAGAGAAGUUAAGCGCGCCGCUUGAUGAAGCGCAUGAGUUUUAUGUUGCUGGGCAGCCGGCGAGGAUGAAUUGGUCUCGCAAUGCUAGGCUCUUUCCGUUUGAGGAGGAUAGAGGUGGGUACCUGCCUGUGGUCGAUAUUGCGAAGGCCAUUUUCAAUGAUCUGGGCUUCAAGGGAUGGGUGUCGCUGGAGCUGUUCUCGAGGACGUUGGCGAACCCCAGUCCAGGGACUGUUAGAGAACAUGCUAGGCGUGGUCGGGUGUCGUGGGAUAAGUUGGUGGAUGUGUUAGGGUUAAAAGAGGCGUAUCCUACGCCUGUCUCUACUGCUCUGUAUGCUUCAGCUUCAGAUUCUUAUUCGUCGGGGUUGCAGUAUCGGUUAUAG